CACGAGAACUAUCGAUACCAGCCAGCAUUUUUUGGGCGGUGUUCGCAUUUUGUUUUCCUUAAUUUAAUUGUUUACCGAGGCUUCCAAAAGCGUUGAAACAACCAGAUAUAUAGACCCAAACAACAUGAAACCCGUCGAGAAAUGCAUUCUGGGUGCUGUAAUGCUUUGCUGCCUGCUGCAGACGGCUCAGGCCAUCAAGUGUUGGGACUGCCGCAGCGACAGCGAUCCCAAGUGCGGUGAUCCCUUCGACAACAGCACACUGGCCAUCACGGACUGCCAGCAGGCGCCAGAGCUGGAGCACCUGAAGGGUGUGCGGCCCACAAUGUGUCGCAAGAUUCGACAGAAGGUGCACGGCGAAUGGCGUUACUUCCGCAGCUGUGCCUACAUGGGAGAACCAGGCAUCGAGGGCGACGAACGCUUCUGCCUGAUGCGUACGGGCAGCUACAACAUCUUCAUGGAGUACUGCACCUGUAACAGCAAGGAUGGCUGCAACGGCGCGGGGGUACCGCACCUCGGACUGUUCAGCGUUCUGGGCGGCACCCUGUUCGCCGUGCUUGUGGCGCAGCUACUGAGGCAAUAGCCUCAGCCAACAGCAAUAGCCUGAGCCAUAGCCAAAACUAAUGUGUAAUUUUAAAGUGCCUUUUUCUCGAAUCGAAAACAAACUUAAAAACUUGGAACUUGCUUCCGUCCAUCUUUAUUAUCGCACAUAACAUUCCGUAUAACUUAA